AUGGGCUCAGUAGAGGCCCAGAUACAAGGUCAGCCCCCACGGGUGGUUGCAGCCGCGAAGCCAUCUGCCAAGCACGUGCGUGAGGAUCAAUUGGCCAUCACAGAGGGUGGGGGCGAGAGAUAUGGAACCUCUUCAGCCUGUUCUUUUGGCCUCGCCACCGACUUGGACAUGCCGAGGCUCUACACGAGCUCUUCUAGAAUCAGAUGUCUCAAAUCCUUUUGGCGUCUCGGAGAGCAUGACGACUUUGAACAAACGGUGCAGGAAACCUUUCGUGCUAAGCUCGAUGAGCGGUUCCCAGACCUUUCCAUUAAGCAGUUGGGCUGGAUGAAUACCGUAUUUCGGCAAGAGAAUGCACCUAUCUUGGAGGUCCUUUUGGCCUGGAAUCACCCCCAAUUCGACGGUGCAGGUGCCAAGGUGUUCCACGAAGACUUUCCCGAGAUGCUCAAUGCUGAGAAUCGAGCUUACGAGCGAACAGGCUUGGAUGACGAUACCCUUACACUACCUCAGGCCGCUCCCUUGCUUCCAACUCCAAUUGAGUGCUUGAAGAGGCUUCCAGUAGAUCUCAAAUACCUCGCUAAGGUAGUUUGGGAGGAUAUUCGGCCUCGGUUUCUUGAUCGGGAUGUUUCCCAAGCAGCCUGGUCUCCGAUUCGCUCCUCUCCGUACAAAACCCAGUUCCGGGCCUUUUUCAUGGAUAACACGUCUCUACUUGCGAUCCUAGCCCUGUGUCGACAAAACAAGACUACCAUCACUGGCCUAAUACACGGAUUAGCCCUCAUUGCCUUCUCAUCGCACCUCGACAGCACGGUCGCCCCUGGCUUUCAAAGCUCUACCAUCAUAGACCACCGCAGGAAUCUCCCUCAGACCACACCAGGCGCUCCGUGGGCUCGGUCCGACAGAGCAGUGGCGAACUACGUGACCCAGUCGUUUCAUAAAUACGACACCGAGCUAGUGGCGCGAAUUCGUUCCAAGCUGCCGGUCGAUGCCAGCGAGGGGAGAGAUCUGUCCGCCGACUUACGAUGCGAGCUCUGGGACGUAUCGGCACGGAGUCGGCUGGAGAUAGUGAACAGACUAGAAGCCGGGCUGCGUAAUGACCUGGUCGGGGGUUUCAAGUAUGUCACGGACUGGCAGAAGACAAUGAAGGACCAGGCGAAAAGAACGCGCCAAUUCUCGUGGCUGGUAACAAACAUCGGCGUGCUGGACGGCAACACUUCAACAAGCCCGAGCACGACCACGACACGGUCGCCGACCGGCGGCGACAGCAAGCCUAACGACGUCCAGAGGUGGUCAAUUGGCCGGGCGCAGUUUGGCCUCAGCGCCGAGAUCCCCGCUGCCGCCAUCGAAUUUUCCCCAGUCAGCGUCGCUGGCCGGGGGAUGUGUGUCAGCGCCAGCUGGCCGGACUGCGCUGUCGAUGCGGAGCUAGGAGAGGGCAUCAUGGCUGAUCUGGAAAGGUGGCUGGCCCAAAUUGCGAGCCAGUCAUGA